AUGUUGGAGCAUCAAGAAAAAAUAAUCCGGGACCAGGAAAUCACCAUUAAAAGCCACGAGAAGUAUAAUGCUGAUCUUAAAUUGCGAUUGGAAGUGCUUGAAAACGAAAUGAGAAAACACGAAAUACUAUCAAAUGCUAAGGAAGUCACGAAUGAUAGUGGAAAAAAUCAACGCGCAGAUUAUGUUGAGGAAAAUGCUAUCAACAGCGUCUUAGAUCAUAAAGACAUGACGGCAACAGACAAUAUUAAAAUCACCACAUUCAACCUGAACCGAAUAAUUAAGCGACAAUCGAACGGCAUUGCGUUUCAUGCUUACAUGACUGGAAGUAAAUGCGUAAGUUACCAACAAGUGAUUGUGUUUGAUACAGAGGUAAUAGAUGAAGGUAAUGGCUACAGUCCAACAGACGGGAUAUAUGUCGUGCCAGAAACCGGGACGUAUGUGUUUAUGUGGACUAUAUUUUCGCCGAUAGACGAAUGGUCCGUAAUUGACUUAGUUGUUGACGGGAGUCCAAUAGGAUGGAUAACGACAGAUGCUGAAAACAAUCAAGCGACUGGAAUAGCUAUUGUUCAUGUGAACACGGGUAUUCAUGUAUUUAUUCGGAGAAGUAAGAGCAGCAGUGGCUGCACCAUACACGAUCACCUGGCUCGACCAACGUUUACAGGAUGGAAACUGUUUUAA